AUUCUCUGUCAGUGUUUCCACAUUUUUCAAAUUGGGAUUUUAAAAAAAGCAUAACAACCAUUUGAGCCGCUGUUGUUUGCAUACAAUAUUUAAUUGAUCUUUUUAUUUACCUCUGACCUCUGACAUUUAGAAAGCAUUUAUACAGACAUUGCUCACCGGAUAUUUUCUCUGUUUCUGGUCCUUCUAUGAUGCUUGUGUAAUAAAAUCGCAACAGAUGAACAUUUUCUAGUCAGACCAAACCCUUCGGGAAAAAAAACUAAACAAAAGUCACAUUUGUUGCCAAUUAUGGUGCUGAAUUUUAACUACAGUGACUCGUCUUUAUUUCAUCUGAAUACCCUCAUACAUUUAGUUGCCACCAUGUGGCUGGAUGAUUUUCUAUUUGUGCAAACAAGGAAAUGAACAGGUGCAUGUAGUAAAGUGACCAGAGAGUGCACAGGCUUUUUCAUCAAGUCUCUCUAUCUUUGGUAUUUUAAUGUGCAACAACAGAAAUACACUUUUUAAAUUCGUCAAUCAUCAGCCUAACACAUGUAUUUAUGUAAUUAAACAUUGACUUCUCCUUUGCAAAACUGCAGGUUUACAGGCAAACUGAAUUAAACUUGUAUUUUUGUAGCUUUGAGUUUUCACACAUUGUCUUUGCUUUUAUCCUUCUUCAGGCGGAAAUCUACGUUUACAUUUUUAGAACCCAUUAGGAUAUUGGUCUGUAGAUCUAAAUUUGAACCGCCCAUGUCUCAACACUUCACAUGAGUUUAAAGCGCAAUGUCAGAUUUGUAACGGGAAAAGGCUUAAAUAAAACUCUUUUGACACCUCAACUAAAAUUCCAACUCUGUUGUAAUUUUCUGUGCUUAAAAACAGAGGAAAUGAAAAUGUUAAAAACAGACACAUUGUGUCACGCUGACAAACUAAACAAGAGCAUACAAUGGGGGUAGCUUAAAUAUCCAUAUUGAAGACGUGGUUGACAUGUAAUUUACAUUUUAAACAUCAAAACAGGGAAGUAGUGAGUCAGUGUUACUGAACCAGUUGCUGCAGCUGUUCGCACAUCGAUAUGGCUGUUUUUCUGAGCUUUCUUCUUAUUCUACCUCUCAUAACAGGUCAGUGGCUUCAAAUUACACUUUGUUUAUAAUUUGCAGACAUUUUAUUAUCUUUGUAAUCCAAAGCUGGUCGUAUUGAUGUCCGUUUUCCUUUUUGUGUUUUGGAGAUAUCUAUGAAUUCACAUGUCAGUUGACAACUGCCCACAGAUGACUACGUCUCCUUCACUGGAGCAUGUUCCUGCUAAUAUUGAAAUUGUUUAAUUUCUGCGGAGCCUAAAAGCAUUAACAGCACAUUAUCAGCGAAAACUGCAGCUUCAGUCUCAAUGCUCUACCAAAAUAGUUUUGUCUUCAGCAACUAGUUUUUUGUCAUGUUUCAUAAAUAUGAGGGAUAUAACAUGCUAAACAUAUUUCACUGUAUCUUUUUCUCCCCAGGAAGUGAAAGUGUGGAGACAAUCAGCAAAGUCUCAGUGAAGGCAGGAGCUUCAGUCUCUAUCCCCUGUUCUUAUGACAUAAAAUACAAAAAUUAUGUGAAAUAUCUAUGUAAAGGAUAUUCUUUUAAUUACUGCUCAUUUGCAGUUAGAACAGACUCAUCACAGGAAAUUGAAAAGUAUUCAAUCUCUGAGGACAAAACUCAAAAUAACCUGAAUAUGACCAUAAAACGGUUAACAGCUGACGACACUCAUUUCUGGUGUGGUGUGGAGAUCAAUAACGGAGCUGAUGACAGGCAGUACUUUCAGCUGUCAGUCACCACAGGUACACCCAGCCUCUCGCUGGCACACCAGAAUGUGAUUGGAUAUAUUGGAGACAAAAUAACCAUAAACUGUAGCUACAGAAACUCUGGAGGAGUAAGGUGGUGUAAGCUGGGCAGCACAUGUGUGACAAAGGCAACUGUGUCUGGAAAUAUAGAUGGAACAGCAGUAACCAUCAACAUGACCAUCAGCAAUGUAAUCAAUGUAACCAUGAGUGGACUGAAGCAAGAGAGCAGUGGUUGGUAUUACUGUGUCAAAGGAGAUUUUCAGAUGCCAGUUCACCUGACUGUGACUGUCAAACCCACUGUUGCAACAACUACAACAGUAGCUACAACAACUACUGUAGCUGCAACAACUACUGUCACAGAAGCAAGAGAAAAAGCAACAACAGUUCAUAGAGGAGACAGACCUUUUUCUUCUCUGAUGAUCCUCGCCAUCCCUCUGAGUGUGCUGAUCUUCAUUGUCAUUGUUGCCUUAUCAAUCCUGCUUGUGCUUAAAGGAACCAAACGUGUCAAAAUUAAGGAUUCAACAGCCUCAAAAAAUGAAGGGGAUUUAACAUAUGCAGAAGUCUCUUUCAAGAAAAACAAGGCAGCUCAGGCUGCAAGUGAUGCCGAUGUGACCUACAGUUCUGUUGUUUCUGUCAAGAAACAGAGUGCGAGAAGGAGCGAAGGAAAAGAUGAGGAUGUUACAUACAGCACAAUCAUUCGUCACAAGCAAAAUGUUUAAAUCUAUCAAGAAAUGUUUAUCUUUUUCUUGUGACUAAGUGCUAACCGAUAUUGUUUGUCUCCACAAGUGUGAAACAAUGACUCAUUGUCUUAGAAAAGCCCCUGACUGUGUGUUUUAUUUUCUUUUCUUUCUUUUUUUCAUUGAGUAUACAUGUUUAUAUGCUUAUGCUCAGGUGGUGAAAAACUAACCACUUUCUCAGCAAGUUUAGCUUUUUAUCAUACGGGACACCUUUUGUUGCAUCCAAGUAUGAUCUUGUUGAGGAUAUAAUGGGUUUAUAAGCAACACCUCAAAAAAUGGCAAAAAUAUGAGGAUAUUUUCAAUAUUUGAAUUUACUUUUACAUAAGAAGUUAAAUGUGUAAAUACCAUUGUUGUUAUCUAUAAUCGGUUAGUGGGAUGAUUUGCAUGAGCUGUUGCUAAGUUAUGAUCUAUGUAAAUCUGGAAUGAUCAAGACUGAAUCUCUAAUAUUAACAAAUAAAACUGUAGAUUUGACCAUAAUGAAGUGCAUUGCUGUUGCAACCUUUCCCCAUGCCUAACUGAACUAAAGAGCUACCUUAAUUUUUUAUUUUUUUUUUAGUUUGUUUUGUUUUUCUGUUAUUUUUGGACCACAUUUGAUUAUUACUUCCCUAAAAUUACAAAUAUAUAAAAAAAAAUAGUUGGAUCAUCUAUAAAAUCAUGUAGCUCAACAUUGUUUAGUUCUUAAUCUGUCCGAUUGGUUUGAUUAUUUUUUUUAUUUUUUUUUGUAACAGAAUAAAGUUAA